CAGUACCUUGCCGCAGUGACGUCUGCUUUCGUCUUUCCGUUCUAUCACGUCACUCUCUUUCCUCCCUCUGCCCCUGAUAACAGAUUAGGUCCGUGAUGAGACGUCUCUCCUCCUCUCUGCCAACAUGCUCGGACUCUCGACAGCCGAUGGGUUCAUGAGCGUGAAAGGAGGAGUCGACGACAUGAUUAAAUACCUUGCUAACGAGCCUUCGAUGGGUCUCUAUUUCGUGCAGCAGCACGCCCAAUCCUCUAUGCCCUACCUCCUUGAUGUCAAGGACAAAGUUAUGGAAAAGAUUCAUGAGGUUACUCUUCAAACUGAAGAUGUUGAAGAUUCAAUUGAUGUAGUGCAGUCAAUGACAGAAAUUGGCUAUCCUCUCGUUGAAGAGAUGAUUAAAGACAUCAAAACAUCUCUACUCAUUAUUUCAAAAUGCCAACCAAAAAGGGGGUUAAUUCAAAUGCCAACCUGGGGCCGUCAGACUGAGAGCAGAAACUCAAAUGUUGCUGUAGCAGUUGGUUGCAGUGACAAGUUCGGCCACCAAGAUGAUGAAGGAAGCCAUAGCUACCUGUCUGCUGUUCUUAGUUCAGCUAAACAAAGAGCUGUAGGUUUUCGGCGGCCUCCAAUCUAUCAAUCAUCAAAAUUUGAUCAACCCGUGCAACCUUCAUCUCAAUCACCAUUAGAAUCAGAUGCUUCUACUCAAUCUUACGCAGAUGCAGAGGAACUUCCUGUGUCAGUCAGCCUUGAGAUCCAUGAAAGGCCAUUGAAUCCUUCAGGUUCUCAUGGCUCGCAAGACAGUAGUGAAGUAUUGUACCCCUCGGAAGAUUACAGCAAAUUUAAAUAUGAGAAAGAAGCUAAAUUUGAAGCAUGGCUGCAAGAGUCUGAUGGGCUCGACAAGUUUAUUAGACCGGCUGAUUGAUAUUAUCUCGAUACAGUUACCUCUUGAUAGUGUAUUUUUCUCUGUUCUGGUUUGAACCGUAAGCAGCAAUUUUGUGUUUAUAUAUUUGUCGCUGCCAUGCAACGUAAAGGUUUUAUGCGUUAUAGCAUCAAUGGUUGUGUUAUUUAUUUUACAACUAUAAUGGUUUGUAAAAGGUCCAAUCCAUUCCAACACCAAUCAAGUUUAGGCUUUUUGCAUC